CUACUAUUAUAUUUUUCUUGAUAAACUAAUUUAAAAUUGAUGUCAACUCGUUCGCAGCUGUUUCUUCCCUGUUUCUCCGAUCCCCAUCCAUGUCAGAAGCUGAACAAGCCAAUUCCCCAAAGCCUCCUCCAUAUUUAGAGGUUUUAUGCAAAAGUUCCGGCAAGAAAACCCGGUUUGCAGCCGGUACUAAGGCCGGAUUUGCAGUGUCAUUGAUAAAUAGAAAGUUGGGUAUCGGAGCUCCGGUUGCCUUGCAUAUUGAAUCCUUUAGAGAAGGGGAGGAACCCAUUAUUUUUGGCCCUGAUGCUGUUCUUGUGAAUUAUGGCAAUGGUUGGAAUUUGCAAACUGUUAAUGAAAUGGAUUUUCCUGGCAUUGGAAAAGGCAAACAUGUUCGGGGAUUUCCGACACAGCUCCCUAAUGGAAAGAACGUUGAUCUCACUAAUUCUCGCAAAAUGGUUUCAAAACCAGGAAUAAGUUUUCUUUACAUUGCAAAAGUUUUGUUAGCUUUUGUUUUGAUGUUUAUGUUGGCGGGAGUUUUCAUGUUGGCUCUUGACAAUCUUCCUAAACUAAUUUUACUCUUUAACUCUUCCAUGUAACUAUGUCAGAUUUGAAAAAAGUUAUAUUUGAUUUUUAUUAAAAGCAA